AUGGGUGCAAGAAGUAGGGAGCAUGCAGCAAUUUCAAGCGCUAAACAAAAAAUAUAUGCCGGUCAGGACUUCAAAAUAGGUGGCUUGGGCCUAGGUAUUCCACCUCCAGAAAAGUUCAAAAGUGGGCAUCUUCCGAGUGGAUCAAUUCCUGUUUCUUAUGGACUGCCUUUGGACGAAGACAGUGAUUUUGAUUCUGAUAUGGACGAGUCUUCCGAUACUGAGGAAAUUUAUGCUGGUCGACAUUCUGCUGAAUCUUCUUCUUCUUUUCCUCAUGAUGACAUCUCGAGGCGGAGGCUUUACAAUGGAGUUUCUAAUGGUCACUAUAGAUAUACAAAUUCAGUUCCUCAACAGCAUUACUUAUCAAGUGAUGGAUACUCCGGUUAUAGUUCAUCUCGAGAUACUGCACAGCAGAGGCCUCUUCAGUCGAGAAAAACGGUUAAUGCGAAUGAGCAUGCUGAAGAGGAGGAGGAGUGGUCAGAUUCCGGUGGAAGCUUUGGCUUCAAUGGGCAGGUAGAAAGGAAGUUUGCUGGAGAUGACUUUCCUUUACAAGGGAGAGAUGCCGUAAAGAGUGCGAGCAGAGAAGAUGGAAACUUCAUUGCUGAUAACGAUAGUAUGCCUUUGGGAGUGAAUUGCACCUUCCAGGGCUCUCAUUCUAGUGGUAACUUCAGCACCCUCCAGGGCUCUCAUUCUACUGGUGACUUCAGAGAUGUGAAUUCUAAUUCUGAAAAGGUUAGCAUGAAGACUUACCCUAAAAUCAAUUUUUUAAAGGCUUAA